CUAGCGACUAGAAGAACGACUGAGCGACUCCGCCAAACACUCCGACGGCCUGCGAAUCUACGAAUUUGGAGCGAGUUAUCUGGAUUAUAUAUGGAAGGAGAAGACAGAAUUAGUGAACUCCCCGUGGGUAUACUUGACAAUAUUUUGGGAUAUUUACCGAUUCAGGAAGCUGCUAGAACUGCGAUCUUAUCUUCCUUCUGGAAGGAUAUCUGGUUUAGUUUGACAAAGCUCAACUUUGGUGAUGGCUUCUUUGAUUACAUAUGUCUUAAAUAUUCCAAUGCUGAAGGUUGGAAGUCGGAAUCUCAAUCUCCUAUUUUGGAAGUAAUCAACAAAAUUCUCAUGCGGCACAAUGGACCUAUUCAGAAAAUUGUCAUCAACUUUUCUGAACAAGUAUUUGCAUUCCAUUUCUCUGAAGAAUUUGAUCCUUGGGAUAUAGCUAAUUUGUUGUCGGACAACUUGAACCCGUGGCUUCUUCUUCUCACCCAGAAUGGUGUUGAAGAAAUUGACAUUUCUUGUUUUACAGAUACAAGAUGCCGGGUGACGAAUUGCUUGUUUUCUUGCCCAACACUGAAGAGAUUGAAACUUGAUAAUAUCUCUGUUGAACUAAUAAAUGCAUCUUGUGUACUUCCGAAUGUUACAUCACUUUGUCUUGACAAUGUUGACUUUAAGCCUAGAACUUGUUCGGAUUAUGUUGUUUAUCUUCCUAUGCUAGAGGAUCUCUCAUUUGGCGAAUGCGAAAAGAUAUUUGAUUUUGACAUUGUUGCACCAAAGCUUGGUAGAUUGAAAAUCAGCCUGCUCGAGUGUUGUUAUUAUUACAAAACAUUUGGUGUUCUGCCGCCUAACUUGGACUUGAGUUCUAUAUCUAGUUUUGAUUUGAGUUGUUCCCCAUGUUUCUUUAAGAUAUUUGUUGAAGAACUUACUAGAGUGGGACAUGCACCUGCACUAAACUUUGAACUCCUCAAGCUAUGUGUAUCAAGUUAUACCUUUGUGCCAGAGAAUAUAAAUAAUUCUGCAUUCAUACAUCUGCUGCGAGCAUGUCCAAAAUUAUGCGAACUUGAUAUAUGGCACCUAGAGUAUUUGAAGUUAAAUCCAGAGGAUUUUGUGCUUAUGGAAGAACUCAGCACUGUGGCUCGAACACUGAAAAUGCUUCACACUUUGAAGUUUAGCCAUUUUAAUGGGUCGAGGUCUGAAAUGCUUUCUAUUGAGGUGUUCCUUGCUUGCUUUCCAGGAAUUAAGAAGGUUGUCAUUGUUCGAGGUUGGAUUUGCUCUGAUGAAGACUUUAAAAUUAUGCAGAAACUUUUAAGUUCCGCUUGUGCCUCUACAGAAGCAGAAAUUUUUUACAUACAAGAAUCUUAAUUUUAUGUUGUUUCCUUAGUAAGUUCUGUAUUGUGUAAUGGUUUGUGAGAUUGCUUAUUGGAUUUGAAUGUACUAUCACAAUUAGUAUGUAAGUUCUGUAUUGUGUAAUGGUUUGUGAGAUUGCUUAUUAGAUUUGAAUAUACUGUCACAAUUGUACCAAAUUAUGCAUAAUUAUUAUUAUCUUAAAAUCU